CUGUGGCCCACAGCGGCGAGCUGCCCGUCAUUUGCAGUCUUCGGAAGAGGCAACUGCUGGCGAAGGAGAGGCUGAAUCCCUGACAAGGAGCAAGGCGGUGAGGCUGGUUUAUUAUGGCGAAGGAGCAGCGCUGCUGAACCGCACUUACAGAGCCUUGAGCUAGCAGAAUAUUCUGGCUCAUCUCUUGUUCCAUCGCGUGGAAGGAAAAGAAACUGUUUCACAUCUAAUUCCUUGACAUACACCACAUUGGUUGAGAUGGAACAGUCCUGAAACCAUCCAAAAUCCAAUGGAGUAAAUCAAACAGGAGACACAGGGACCACUUGUCCGGCCAGGCAGCAUCUGUGGAGAGAGAAAGGGAGGGUUAAUAUUUCAGAUUCAAUUGUAAAUGUAUCACAAGCUGUGAGCACAGAAUGAAGAAGGCAAGCAGGUCCGCUCCUGCAGCAUCCAAAGUGCAGGGUACUUGUAAAAUGCAGACCAUUGAGAAAAUUAAACCGGACAACUGCUCUUCAGCAACUACCGUUACAAAGGCUUCGAAAACCGCAGGGUUGACAGCAGCAUUAACUAAGAGCAAGAGCAGGAGCAAUGAUGAUCUGUUGGUUGGGGCACCUGGUGGACUGACUUUGACCAACAAUACCAAAGUUAAGAAGAACCUCUGCCCAUCAUCAUCUAUAGGGUCGAGUUCUGCAGCAUCAGGAUCAACCACAAGCAGCAAUCCUGAUGGCAAACCAAAGAAUCCUGCAGGUACGAAUGCCACAGCCAAACGAAAUGCAGCUGCAGGAAAUAAAGAAAUCAGUUGGAACAGAGAGAAAAUCCGUGAUCGGCCACGGCAGAGCACAAAUAAAAAGUUAUCCUCCAGCAGCCAGGGAGGGAAUGAUGCUGCUAAACGCUCACGCAGCCGGAUAGCAGCAGAGUCUGAAACUCGAAUGAGUAAGUCUAAAUCUGAUGGGCAGAUCAGUGAUAAAACUGCUCUAGAAGCAAAGGUAAAAGAUCUCCUUGCUUUAGCUAAAAAUAAAGACAUGGAGAUCCUGCUCCUUAGAAAUGAACUUCGAGACAUGCGUGCCCAGCUGGGACUGAGCAAUGACUUGUUGGAAGGAGAGGGAGAAGAGAAGAUUGAAGUAAAAGAAGGUGUUGUACCCCAUCAGCCUAGAGAUGUGGAGUCAAGUCUUCUCCAGUUGGAAGAGCAGAACAGUACAAUCCGGGAUGAGCUGAAUCAGCUGAAAAAUGAGAAUCGAAUGCUAAAAGAUCGAUUAAAUGCUCUUGGCUUCUCUUUGGAGCAAAAGUUAGACACUGCAGAGAAGCUGUUUGGCUUUCAGUCCUCAAGCCCUGAGGUAGCUGCUGGCAACCAAAGUGAUGGAGGCACCUUAACUUCCUCAGUGGAGGGAUCAGCACCUGGGUCUAUGGAAGAUCUCCUGAGCCAGGAUGAGAACACAUUAACUGACAAUCGCAGCAAUUCUCUGGACAACUUGGACAGUGAAUCCAGUGAAGUCUACCAACCGCUUACUUCCAGUGAUGAUGCAUUGGAUGCUCCAUCAUCGUCUUCUGAAUCUGAAGGCGCACCGAGUAGGGAGCGCUCGAGGAAGGGGAGCAGUGGGAAUGUAAGUGAGGUGUCGGUGGCUUGUUUAACAGAACGCAUUCACCAAAUGGAAGAAAAUCAGCAUAGCACAGCAGAGGAGCUCCAAGCUACCCUUCAGGAACUUGCAGAUCUUCAGCAGAUAACACAGGAGUUGAAUUCUGAAAAUGAAAGGUUAGGGGAGGAAAAAGUCAUUCUGAUGGACUCCUUGUGUCAGCAAAGUGAUAAGUUGGAGCACUUCAGUCGACAGAAUGAGUAUUUUCGCUCCUUGCUGGAUGAGCACCACAUUUCUUAUGUUUUAGAUGAAGAUGUAAAAAGUGGCCGCUACAUGGAACUAGAGCAGAGGUAUAUGGACCUUGCUGAAAAUGCACGUUUUGAACGUGAGCAACUUCUUGGAGUACAGCAACAUUUAAGCAACACCCUGAAAAUGGCAGAGCAAGACAACAAGGAUGCGCAGGAAUUGAUAGGUGCUCUCAAAGAGCGUAACCACCAAAUGGAACGGAUCAUGGAGUCUGAACAAAAAGCCAAAACAGCCCUUGCUGGGGCAUUGGAAGAAUAUAAAGCAACUAUUGCAAAUGAUCAGAUUGAGCUGAACAGAUUCAAGGCUCUGUUAGAACAUGAGAAACAGAAGGUUGCAGACUUGUAUGCUUUCCACAACGCAGGUGACAAGUCAGAUUUACAAGAACUGUUGGAGACUACACGACUGGACAAAGAGAAAAUUGAGGCCUUAUACAAUAACCUCCAGGAAGAACUGGCCCAUACUCGCAAUGAUGCAAACCAACUACAGGAUACCCUUGCUAAGGUUGAAGAUGAAUACAAAAUUUUCCAGGAAGAAGCCAAAAAACAGAUAGACGACCUUAACCUGAAUGUGGAGAAACAACGAGCUGAACUGGAAGAGAAAGAAACUGAGAUAAAUGACAUGAAAGAGACCAUUUUUGAGCUAGAGGAUGAAGUGGAACAACAUCGAACAGUCAAACUCCACGAUAACCUCAUCAUCUCAGACUUGGAGAACUCAGUUAAAAAGCUUCAAGACCAGAAACAUGACAUGGACAGAGAGACCAAAAUUCUAAACAGGAGGCUAAGGGAAGAGUCGGCUGAAUGGCGACAGUUUCAGGCCGACCUCCAGACUGCAGUUGUCAUUGCAAAUGAUAUUAAGUCUGAGGCACAAGAGGAAAUCAGCGACCUGAGACGCAGACUUCAGGAGUCAAUGGAAAAAACUGAAAAGCUCACCAAAGAAUUAGAGGAAGUGAAGACACGCAAGUACGUGGGAUGUUGUGAUGUGACUUGGCAGGAUGAAGAGCGGGGGCGUAUGUACAAUUACAUGAAUGCUGUAGAGCGAGAUUUGGCAGCUUUAAGACAAGGUAUGGGUCUGAGUCGCAGAUCAUCCACCUCCUCUGAACCAUCCCCAACUGUCAAAACGCUAAUUAAAUCCUUCGACAGCGCUUCCCAAGUUGUCCCUAACACUACUGCAGCUGCCAUUCCACGAAGCCCUCUCAGCCCAAGCCCUCUGAAAACGCCACCAGCAGCUGCUGUGUCACCAAUGCAGAGGCAUUCCAUCAGUGGACCAAUAUCAGCACCAAAGACUCUGUCAGCACUGACAGACAAGAGACCAAGCUACACUGAGAUUUCUGUUCCAGCAGAUCACUUACUGAGAUCUUCCUCUGCAAACCGAUCUCCAGCUUCCUUACAGCGAGUUCAGACCAUUGACCCUGCAAAGUCCAUGUCGGUGUCUCGAAGAAGCAGUGAGGAGAUUAAACGUGAUCUGACAGUCACAGAUGGUUCCUCUCCAGCAUCAUUGAUGGGAAUGGGAGCCACAUCUCCACAACUGUCUUUGACAUCUUCAUCCCCCACAGCUUCAGUCACUCCAACUGCACGCAGCCGUCUCAGGGAAGAGAGGAAAGACCCAUUGUCAGCACUGGCUCGUGAGUAUGGUGGCUCCAAGAGGAAUGCGUUGCUUAAAUGGUGUCAGAAGAAGACGGAAGGUUAUCAAAACAUUGACAUCACAAAUUUCAGCAGUAGUUGGAAUGAUGGUCUUGCAUUCUGUGCUGUGCUUCAUACAUAUCUUCCAGCACACAUUCCAUAUCAGGAGCUGAACAGUCAGGACAAGCGGAGAAAUUUUUCUCUUGCCUUCCAGGCAGCUGAAAGCGUUGGCAUCAAGUCCACACUGGAUAUCAAUGAGAUGGUGAGCACAGAACGGCCAGAUUGGCAGAGCCUGAUGCAGUAUGUAACCGCUAUAUACAAGUAUUUUGAAACUUGACAUCUCCCUCCUCCAACCAGUACAGAAAGUGUUUGCAGAGCAACAUUCGGGAGGACAUGCCAAUGCUACCCUUCAUGUUACAACCCAGUGCUGAAUCACACUGCCUCACCCUAGCAACCCAUGGGCCCCAGAAUAGCAUCACUUCGCAAAAUCUCCUGUUUCAGUACUUCAUCCGUCCAGUCAAGAAAUGUGCACCUGAGUGAUCUGAAUGCUGUUCAAGCUCCGCUUGUAACUGCUACUACUGUAUUCCUGCAAUGUUGAACUGGUCAAUGACAUCUCCCAAUUUCAGGGAAAUUAAAUAUCAAUCCAAGCUAAUCUUCAAAGAUUUUGUUCCACGCUUUGAAAAGACAUAUAAUGCAUAUUUGAAAAAGUAAGGCACAAUGUUUACAGCACUCAUCCUGGUGUAGUCCACUCUCUAAUUAUAUGGGAGGAUCUACCAGUGUCAGUCUUUCAAAACAACUGUUUCCAUUAUCAACCUUCAGGUGAUGGUAAAACCUCAAAUGAUGGCUGUGGGAUUGCCAAAAUAAACUGCAUGGACUGGGGCUGUAGGACUGCAUACAAUACUUAUCGCACUAGUAUUUAACCCUGAGACUAGUUCCCUGGAUAGUCCACUUGCUUUCUGCAAUAUCAUUGAUCAUGGGUAUAGAACAAUUUGUCCAAAGGAUCCAAUGGUAAAAUGAGUGGAGAAUUUUUCCUUCCCAGGGUACUUGAGGUUGAAUCCAACUAGACUGAUGCAAUGUGUGAAAAAGCAAAUGCCCUUACCUACAACUGCCCCUAUUUAGAAUAUUAACCAGUUACUAAGAAUGAUAACUUUUGUUUCUGUUCAUAGGGUUAUUUUUUUUAAAGUGAGUAUUAAUACCAUGAGCAGCCUCUAGCUUUUGAAAAUCUGUAAGAGCUGGAUAGGGAUUAACAAUGGUAAAAGAGUCAUUAUACAUGCUUCAUUUUGAGCUGUACCUGUUAACACUGUGUCCUCACAAUAGAUCAGCUCCUACAGCUACUCAAAAGCAGCCCUUUAGUAUGAUCCAUCAGCUCUCAGUUUGAAACGCAGUUACUUCUUUAUGACAGUUUGAUUUUUAAACUGUCCCAUUGCUAACAUUUACUUUUUUCAGGCUCUCAGAAUCCAUUCCUGGUAAGCACAAGUCAAAAGCACAAACUGCCCAUAACUUGCUCACAAGGGCUGCUGUUGGAAAAGGAAAAACAUCCCUUAUGCAAGAAAUAUUCCUUCUGCAAGAUCAGAUCUGAGUCCAUUUUCUGGAACAGUGUAAAGAACGAUUCGCAUUUCAUGUAACCUGUGCAGUCUCUACUCAGGGAGUGUUUGAUGAGACAGUGUGGAGGAAACUUUGCGCUAUCUAACCUGUACUAUUUAACACCUGGGAGUGUUUCAUGGGAUACAAGAACUGGAUAGACCUUUACAGUAUUUAGCAUGUUCUACAAAGUCAGGAAUUAAUCAAGGAGUUAGAGGGACUUAUACGUUGGGAAGAAUCUUAAAGAAUUUUAACUCUUAAUUGCUCCUCUCAGUUUGAGUGCUGCUUUGUUACUGUUACAAUGGGGUAGUUAUAGUGAUUGUAAUACAUUACAAAUGCUGAAAAUAUACUGCUGGCUCAUCAAAGAAGGAAUGUUUUAGUUACUCACCUUCCAUUCUAAUGAAGGUACUUGGCUGAAAACUUUCCCUGUUAUUUCAGAUAUUACUGUGUGCUUUCAGCAUUUCCUCAUUCUUUAUUUGGAUAUUAAUUAUUCUGUAAGGAAACUGUCAAAUAGCUCCAUGUAACUGGUAGAGGCCUAUCAGGGUCCUGUUCCUGAUGAACCUCUACCAGACUGCCCCAUGUAAUUAGUAAGAUGUUCUCAUGGUUGAGUACAUGUGGUCACUUUUAUCCCUUCACAUUAAUGGUGAAUGUUAGUAUAGUUCCCUCUUACUAUCAUAUUCAGUCACCCUUCCAGUUAGUGAUGUUCUGUCUUCAGCAUUCAUAGAAUAAUAGAAUGGUUACAGCACAGAAGGGAGCCAUUCAGCCUGUCGAGCCCAUGCUGAGUCUCUACAAGAGAGACUAAGCUAGUCCCACUGCCUUUGUCCCAUAGCCCUGCUUAUCCAGUUCCCUUUUGGAAACCUCAACUGAACCUGCCUCCACCGCAUCCUCAGGCAGUGCAUUCCAGAUCCUAACCACUCUUAUGUAAAAGAAAGUGUUUCCUCACAUCGCCCUUGGUUCUUUUACCAUUCACCUUAAAUCUGUGCCCUCUCAUUCUCAAUCCUUCUGCCAGUAGAAACAGCUUCUCCCUAUUUACCUUGGACCUGUCCUGAUUUUGAACACCUGUAUCAAAUUUCCUCUCAACCUCUUCUUCUCCAAGGAAAACAGCCCCAGCUCCUCCCAUCCAUCCACAAAACUGAAGUCUGCCAUUCCGGAAACCAUUAAUUAAUAAUACUUUAAAAAUGUGGAUGAGAAAAAAGUCACUAAGCAUGUUUUUUACUUAGAAGUAUUAAGCAGGCAUAAAACUCAUCAUUGCUAGUGGCUCUCAGUGCUGUCCAAUCUCUGCAGUAACAGAGACUGUGCUAACAUUAAUCAUCUAGCUUCUAACUGCCUGAGUGAUUUAUUUUCAAAUGGGGUUGAUGCUGUUUAUUAUAUGCACUGUUUUGCUGCUGGGUUUAUAUUAUCGGCCUUCUAGAUUCUGUGUUGGAGUGCACUGUAUGCUUGAUCUUUGAGGCACUAUAUAAUGGUUUGACUGGCUAUCACAUCUCCAUGCUACAUUAAAUGGCCUUGUACCAUUGCAAGGUGCCUAAGCUAACACCAUAUCCUUUUCAUUAUCUUUGUUGCACCUUUAGUGUUUCUCAAUUCAGAUUAUAAUAAGUAACAUGGUGUAAAACCUGAACUUCCAGCAAUGUGUCCAUCCUUUACGUAUGUAUUUUUUAUGUUCACUGCGGCUGCUCUCAAUCUAAAGCCAUAAUCUAUGGUUUCCAAUUGAUACAGGUUCUAUUUUAUUGAAUGUAUAACAAAGAAGCUCUCUUCACUAUUCACAGUCUUGGACAUUAUCUGUAUUAUUUGCAUAGUAUCAGUAGUGUGUGCCUCCUCAGCACUGCAUGCUUAGUAUAAAAUCAUGUAUUUUGUUUCCAUUCAUUUGUUUCAUAUUUCUGUUAAUGUUAUCACAGUCGCCAUUGAAAUGUGAUAGUAUCCAGUGCAGACGUUCGAUCCACUGUGUGACUCAGGCCGUUUCUGGAUUCUGGCUGCACAAACUCAUAAUUAUCCCUGGGAAGUGUAUCAUUAGGAGACCAGAGUAUUCUACAGCUUGUGAGAAGAAUGAUGUGUGCAAAGGUCCAAUUUUCUUUGCAUUCAGUAAUUAAAAUGUUGUUUAGCUUUUAACAUUCAGUUUGGUGUUGAGAUUACAUCCAAUUCAAGCCGGAACAAGGAACCAAGCCACUUGCCCCCAUCCCUCACGCCCAGCCCCAGCCCUGAACUACAUUUUUCACGAGAUGUCAUGAACCAACCCUUUUGCUGAGCGUUUAAUCUCACCCAAGUAAUCGGAAUAUUGCAGCUGGUUCCAUGUAGAAGCCUCAGAAUGGUUGUCAAAUUGAGGGACUUUUACCUUCAGUAGGUACAACUCCACCCACCAUUGCAUUUAAAUUGAGUAAAUGAUAAACUCGAUAAGUGGGGGUUAGCUUCCUGCUCUUCACAUCAGUUGGGGCAACAUGGAAGGCGUGGAACAUGAUUUCCUUUCUCACUGCUUCCUUCUGUCCUUUUUUGGUAAUGAUGAAGCCCACAUUGGUGACAGUGGCUGUAUGAGGCCAUUAUCUACUUCCUUCUCUCAUCAGUGUGGUAAUGUGCAAUGUCUCUGUAGUUCAAGCAGCAUGUCUGCCCUGUAAAGACAUCAGUCAUUUGUAUUUUCUAUACACUCCUUACCCCUGUAAGCUACGGAUCAGAUAAUGGACACAAGCAUUCACACUGCAUGAAACCACUUAUUUACUGGGCUAUGGCCACUGGCUCCCAGCACAGCAACAGCAAAGAUAUGUGUCAGCAAUUGGCAAGACUUUAUAUGCACACUUUGGUCCCCUCUCUACCUCCCUCUCUGCCUCUGUCUCACUGUCACUGUCUCUCACAUAUUCUGUCCCUCUAGCUCUCUUCCUUCAAUCCUUUCUAUUACCCCUCUCCUCCCUUUCCCCUCCUCCUCAUUCCCCUCUCUCCCCCUCCCACUUUAUAUAUUUCUCUCUCCAUAACCACACCCUCCCCAUCCCAAGACAGAAUUGGAACACAGGUCCUGGUCUUCCUAGAACAUGUUGAGGUCCUGGCCUUCCUAGAACAUGUUGAGUGUAAGUUGCACGUUGGGACCACAGCUUCAUAGAAACAUAGUAAAGAGAAGCAGGAGUAGGCCAUUCAACCCUUCGAGCCUGCUCUGCCAUUCAAUAUGAUCAUAGCUGAUCCUCUAUCUCAACGCCAUAUUCCCGCUUUCUCUCCAAACCCCUUGAUGCUCC